AUGAGUAACGCGUAUGGUCAUCAUGCUGGUGAACCAAUUGAAUGCUUGAGUAUCGCUGUUGAAUUGCGCAAAGAACAGUUCACGGAUGCAAAUGGCCAGCAGGUUCUUCGCGUUGGUUUCAAGAUUGGCGGAGGUAUCGAUCAAGAUCCAAGUCGCGCACAAGUUCACUAUCCAGAUACGGGUAUCUAUAUAACGCACAUUGAACCAGACUCACCUGCCGAGAGGGCCGGAUUGAGGCAACACGAUAAAAUUCUUAGGGUGAAUGGAAAUGAUUUUACAAUGUUAACUCACGAGAAAGCUGUCAAGUACAUCAAAAAAUAUCCCGUUCUGAAUAUUUUGGUGGCGAGGAGAGAUAUGUUCAUGAAAUGA